AUGGUUGCAGCUCGUUGGGUGACGCAACGUCUCUCUGUGAAAGGGCCACGAUUGUUUAAUUCAAGCUACAUUCUUUAUUGGCAACCGCAUCGCGGCACGGUGGCGUUUUCCCCGAGAAACAUCCACAACACCGGAAAGUCACCCCGGCCCGUCAGUCAGAGCUCACCAGCAGAUCUGGCUGCAGUGAUUGCAGGAAUGGAGAACUGUAGCACGGUCCGUCUUGUGUCAUGUGGACCAUUUCUGCUCUGCCACGGGGAGUUCAGUGCUUAG